AUGGGAGGAGGAAACAUGUUUGAAGAUAUUGGCUGUUUUGACCCAAAUGCUCCGGUGGAGAGCGGCUUUUCUCCGGCCGAGCUACCACCGCCGGUCAUGGUCGCCGGUAGCACGAGCAACAGCAACUGCAGUCUAGAAGAUCUCUCUGAGUUCCAUCUCAGCCCACAAGAUUGUUCUCUAGCCACCGCAGCAGCAGCAGCAGCUUCUAUUCACCAGCUUCAUCACAUCAAUGACACUCCUAAUUGUGAUAAUCAUUUCCAUAGUUUAAUGCACCAAACCCUUCAAGAUCCAUCAUAUGCUCCUCCACAAUCAAAUAACUGGGACAACAGUUACCAAGAUUUUGUGAAUUUAGGUCCUAAUCAUACAACUCCUGACCUACUCAGUCUCUUGCAAUUGCCAAGAUCCUCACUUCCACCUUUCCCAAACCCUAGUCUUCAAGACAUUCUCAUGACAACUUCCUCUGUCUCUGCCUUCGACCCUCUCUUCCAUUUGAAUUUCCCUUUGCAGCCUACUUCUAAUGGGACUUUACUUGGAGCUGAGGAUCAAACUGAAGCAAAUGGAGUGCAUAAUUUGCUAUAUGCUGAAGAGAACAACAACAACGAGAACGGUCUUAGCCGCAAAGGGAGAGGAUCAAGAAAAAGAAAAGUCUUCCCUACCGAGCGCGAGAGAAGAGUCCACUUCAAAGACCGGUUUGGUGACUUGAAGAGUCUAAUUCCAAAUCCCACCAAGAAUGAUAGAGCAUCGAUCGUUGGAGAAGCAAUAGAUUACAUCAAAGAGUUGUUAAGGAGGAUUGAGGAGCUCAAGAUGCUACUAGAGAAGAAAAGAUUCGUAAAACAGCGGAACGUGAGAUGCAGGAUCGAAGAAGAAGGAGAUGAUGUUAUUGUUGAUGAGAAUUAUAAGGCGCAAAGGGAAGUAGUAGAACAAUGUUUGAUCAAUAAGAACAACAAUUCCUUUAGAUGUUCUUGGCUGAAGAGGAAAUCGAAAUUCACUGAGGUCGAUGUACGUAUCGUUGACGAUGAAGUCACGAUCAAGAUUGUGCAGAAGAAGAAAAUCAAUUGUUUGUUUUUUGUCUCCAAAGUGAUUGAUCAGCUUCAGCUUGAUCUUCACCAUGUAGCUGGUGCACAGAUCGGAGAGCACCACAGCUUCUUGUUCAACACCAAGAUUUGUGAAGGAUCUAGUGUUUAUGCAAGUGCCAUAGCGGAUAGAGUUAUGGAAGUGUUGGAGAAACAAUACAUGGAAGCUCUCUCGACGACUAAUGGCUAUCACUGCUACUCCAGUGAUUAA